UUUGGAGUGGAGGGUCUCAUGAGGCCUACAUCAAUCAAAGCUUGAGUGCGGGAAGACAUUGUUUUAAGAUAGAUGCUUAUUUGUGGUGAAGAAAAGAAGAUUGUUGGCUGAAAGUGUUGAAGCUCUGACUACACAAGCCACGGAGACUGGUAACAGAGUUUCUUAAAGAUCCAAAUGGUUCGUGGACAGAUGAAGUUUGGUAAGCAUGGCGGUUUUUCUAAAAUGGCGCAGAAAAUGUUGGAGCAGAAGUCUUCAGGUCAGGGAGCCGACGGCGAGACACUACGGGACGUCUUCUCAAACGGAGAAUGAAGGCUGUUGGCAGCAAAAUGGGCAACAACUCCAUAUGAACGGUCCUGGUUUCAGAGCGAGCCUCACUGAGUCUGCGGUACUCGGCUGAGGUGAGCGGGUGUUUCUGUUCAGAGGGAACCGAGCGGUCUUGGGCACGAGCGGUAAUGAUGACGUAACUCUUCUGGCUUUCAAUGAAAGUCAAACGCCCGAAUUCUGGCGGGAAGUUUUGCGCGAGCGUGCGAAACUGCAGGCGCGCGCCAGCCGUGCGUCAGCAUAAAGCGAAGUUGAAGAAGGAGCGCGCGCGCAACAGCCUCCACCCCAACGGUCGGGCGGUCAGUGUGCGAUGAGGAGCGACAGGAGCGACAGGAGCGGAGCAGCUGUGGAGAUGGAGUCAAAGAAGCUGGACAGCAUCUCUGCCCGUGUGGACGCGUCGAGCGGUAGGACGAAAGGUUACGCCUGCCCUCAGAACGGCAACAGGCGGGGAGUCGGCGCACGUCUCCGGAAGCUCUUCCUGUGCUCUGCUGCCAAAAAGCCGUCUGCCAGUAUCCAAAACAGUGUUGAAGAUGAGCUGGAGCUGUCGGCAGUGCGUCACCGGCCUGAGGGUCUGGAGCAGCUGGAGGCUCAGACACGCUUCUCUCGCAAGGAGCUGCAGAUCCUCUACCGUGGCUUCAAGAACGAAUGUCCAAGUGGUGUGGUCAAUGAAGACACAUUUAAGGACAUUUACUCUCAGUUCUUCCCACAAGGAGAUGCGUCCACAUAUGCACACUUUCUGUUCAAUGCAUUCGACACAGACCACGACGGCUCAGUGAGUUUUGAAGAUUUUGUAACGGGUCUGUCCAUUCUCCUCCGAGGGACAGUCCAGGAAAAACUUAACUGGGCCUUUAACCUGUAUGAUAUUAACAAAGAUGGAUAUAUAACAAAAGAGGAGAUGUUGGACAUCAUGAAAGCCAUCUACAACAUGAUGGGCAAAUGCACAUAUCCUAUUCUUAAAGAGGAAACUCCAAGACAACAUGUGGAGAUAUUUUUCCAGAAAAUGGACAAAAAUAAGGAUGGAGUGGUCACCAUAGAUGAAUUUAUAGACUGCUGCCAAAAUGACGAGAACAUCAUGAGAUCGAUGCAGCUUUUUGAAAAUGUCAUUUAAUACCUGAAUGGACAAAAUGUCUCUGGUGGCUGGUCAGCGCUGACUGGGACCUUUCUGCUGAUUUCCUCAUCAAGACAAAUCUAUCUGAAUGGAAGUCACACAAUCCAUAAAACACCAUCUCUCUCACUCAAACUUCAUUCCACUUGCUCUCAUUACAGCGUUUGUAAUUAAAGUAUUAAAGAAUUAAGGUUCGUUCCCCCAGCAGUUAUUAAUUUGAAGGAUUCUGUGCAAACGGUACAUUGCACACCCCCUCACUUGUCAAAUAAGAGGGCAUUUGGGAAAGGAGUACUUUUAAAGGGCCCAUAUCCCAAAUUUGUUUACUGUUUACUUUUUUUUUCCUAGGUGGUCAACUUGGUGUUUGUGUGGCUUUAUGUAGUAAAAAUGUCAUCAUUCAAUUUUAGAUGACCAUUUUCAAACUAUCUUUUAGAAUUAAACAGGCUGUUUUUGUUACUGUGCCUUUAAGCCUAACAUGCAAAUAACCUCUGUUCUGAUUGGCUGCCCUCAAAAAGCAGUACUGGCUGAAACAUUCCUUAUACCUUCAAAAUCAAUGGGAGGAGCUAAACUGCUGUAGGCUGAAGGCAGAUGCAUGUAAGUGCAUUAGUUUUCCAUGACAUCACAAAAACAAAGAAUUUCAAAUGGACCAUGUUUUUUGCAGCUUAGUUUGGACGAGAGCAAGUCUUUCCUUGAUAUGGGCCUUUUAAUCUCCAAGCCAUGUUCCAUUUCCAAGUUUUAGUGUUAACAUUUGAUAUGAGCGUUGUUUUUUGGACUUGCUUAAAAUAGUUGCCUACUCUUUCUAUGAUUAGAUUGCACACGUUGACAUUUUUAAUGAAGAUAGUAAACAGAAGUAAUUUAUUUCUGCUCUUAAUCUUAUGAGAAAGCUGAGACAACCUGUUGAGGUCAGUGUAGGUGUAUUAUCCUCAGCCGUUUUAACCCUUUACUGAACAUAGCAUGUUUUUGUACACGCAGUGCAUGAGGAAACAGAUUUAGGGUGUCAUUACCGAAGCUGACCAUCCUUUAACUAUGAAUGAUAAAGCAUUUCAAAGCAUUAUAAUGAAUGAGUUCAUUUUUUUGCCCUUUGGCCCUGAUUUCUGUUUGUAUUUUACUUUUUGUCCGUGUGAACUUUCUCUUAUGCAAGCGAUAUUGUUCAAUUUCUACAGAAACAUUCCAGAAUGUUCUUAUAGCUGGAGUUCCAAGCCACAAAAGGUCCAAAAGACACAUCCAGAGUAUGGAAAAGAGAUACUGUAUCAUUUUAAAUAUGUAUUUAAUAUAGAUAUCUACUGUUUUUCAACUUUGUUCAUGAUUAUUUGCCAACCAGAACAAAUAUAAUAAAUAUAUAUAUGAAAUAAUAGAUUCCAGGUUUGUUUUCAUAUGUUGAGUUUGAAAGCUAGCAGAUAGAAGCACACAUUGUUGUAGUGUAGGUUUAUUAUAGGAAUAAUACUGUCAGUAUAAUGCUGCUUAUGGGUUUAUAUGUAAAGUCCUCUCAGAAGAUCACAUGCUAUUAUCAUGUUUACAGUUUUCAGGCAUCGUGUUGCUGUUCUCAGAGCAACUUACAUUUACUAGGAUUCUAACAUUGUACCAAGAAAUGGAGCACUGUUUACUUAGCUUUACAGUAUUUGGUUUGACUUUGUUGUGAUAAAGACUUUAUCAGUUUUUGUGUGUCUGCUAGAAACCUACAUUAUCUACAUUAUACACAAGUCACAGGAGAGGUGCUGGUGUGUGUGUCCCUGUCAGGGAUAGGUGCAAAUUCAGCAAAAUGCUCUAAUUGUUUUGAAAAGUGCUUUGCUUUGAUGUUAAUUUCAGGUUGUUUGGACCGAAUUAAAGCACAUCAUUAUUUUUGUAGAUAUAUUUCUAGCCAGUGAACAUUUCAUGGCUUUUUUUUUUCUACAAGCUACAAGUUUGGAGCUUCCUUUCAUGUCUUCCUUUUAUGUCGUUCCAAGGCAGACUCAUCCUUUUUUUCUCUCCCUGUAUCUCUCUCUCAUUCCUCCUGUUUUCCGGCAUUAGGACUGAUUAACUUCCACUGUCUAAAUCAAAGACAUAGGGCUGUGAUUGGCUGCAGCACAGACUGAGCAGUAAGCAUGCUGAGUAGCAGAUGUAUGCUUUCCGUCACCCAGUUGCAUCCAAAAGCACUUGUCAACCCAGCACUAAGUCCAAAGGCAACAUUUCCAACAGCUAUGUACUACUCUUACCACCAGCAGCGUUAUUUUAUGGUGUACGCUGGUUUUCUGAGAUACUUCUUUUGCAUAAAAUCGCUGUUUGUUGUAAUAGUCACUUGAAUGGUUGUUUUGCCAUGUGUGUUUAUCGACUGAUCACGUGUGUAAUUGAAAUUAAGCUGCUCUUUUGUCAUAUUUUCUUAAACUAUAGAUAACAUCUUUUUUCAUGUGAACAGUGAAGAGUUUCAAUGAUAUGAUUAGCAGCUCUGUCAUUUUAAUUAUGGUUUUCUGAGGGUAAAAACUGCACACAAGAAUUUUAAACCCUGUUAUUCAAGUAAAUUGAAACUCCACAAUGUUGACUUCAGAUGGCAUGUUCAUAUUGACAUGGUGCCACCUAUGGGACACUUGCUAUAAGUGCAAGUUGUACCAAAGUUAAAGGCCCCCUCCUUUAAAAUGAACUAUAAACCAAGGGUCUUGCAACUUAACAAAUAGCAAGCUUAUUAAGGUUUUGACUUUUGUGCAUAUUUGUGUUUAAUCUGUCUUUUUUGUAGCAUUCUUCCGACUGCCUUUGGAAACAUGAUGUCAUAGCACACUUGCUGUAGAGAUUCUGCAUUGAGAUACUGAAUGUGGAAAAUCUAGUAGGGAUGCUGUGUGAAAGACUGGCAGCUGCAUGUUUUAUGAACGAAGCUUGCUCUAGUGAAUGGCCCUUGGUGGUGGGUAGUAUUGAAUGCAGCUGAUCCUAGUACUCUGUGCAUAUCACAUGUCCCUAUGGUACUAGAGGACAUAGAGGCAUUUUGUGGCAUAGAUUCAAUAAACGGCUCCGAAUGUA